AGCAGCUCUGUGAGGAAGCUCAGUCCCCGCCCACAGGGUCUAUAUAAAGAGCUGCCAGAGACCAGGACCUGCACAGGGACCGGACGCAGGGCUGACUGUCAGCUGAACACCCUCUUGUAGACCAGAUCGUGCAGUCCUGAUGGUGGUGCAGGUGAGCGGCAGCGUGGAGGUGAUGGAGGGGAACCAGCAGAGACCGGAGGUCAACAUCCUGCUGCUGGGAGCUCGCAGCGUCGGGAAAACUGCUCUCACCGUCAGAUUCCUGACCCGGAGGUUUAUCGGCGAGUACGGGGACAUCGAGUCUGUUUACAGUCGAGUCGACCGGAUUGACGGUCAGGAGAUCUGCUUCAACAUCUGGGACACACAGGACGGUGAGAAGACUCCGCCCCUCAGUGACAAACAGCUGCAGUGGGCUGACGGCGUCGUCCUGGUCUACAGUAUCUGCGACCGCCGCAGCUUUGACGUGGUCCGCCAGCAGCUGCAGCAGAUCCGUCGCAGCCGGAAGCCGUCGUCUGUUCCCGUCGUCAUCGUGGGGAACAAACGGGACCUCCGGCGCCACCGCACCGUCUCUGGUGAGGAGGGACGACUCCUCGCUCUGUCCCACUGCUGCGGCUUCUUCGAGGUGUCGGCCGCAGAGACGUACCACGGCGCCAUGCUGGUGUUCCACCGGCUGGUCGACCUCGUCCGGGAGAGCCGCGCGCUCAGGAAGAGCUCGGCCGGCGUCCGAAGCAUCGUGCGGAGCAUGUCUGCCGUGUUUGGAAAGAAGCGAGCCGAGUAGACGAGGAGAACUCGACGAAGAGAUUGUGGCGAGGAGAAGUCGUCUGAUGUCACAGUGACAUCAGCGGGAAGACUUCCUGUCCGUGGCUCCAUGAAGACAGGUCAAAGGUCAGAGACGUGAGGGACAGAUGUUCCCCUCAGGAUGAACUCGUUAUUGAUCCUCUGACACUGCUGCACUCUGUGCUAACAUUAGCUUAGCAUGCAACAAUAAGCUAAACUAACAUAGUUAGCAUUAGUUAGCAUUAGUUAGCAUUGGAAGGUCACUGGGCUCCAACUGUGCUGCCUCCAGUGGACGCCAGCAGGACUGUUUCAGGGUCCGAUCAGUAUCAGAUGUCUGACUGACGGCCCCGAUCCACAUAUUGAUCCAGAGACAAUCAACAUGUAAUAAUGCAGUUUUAAAGCCACAUCGAGUACUGUAGCAGUAUGUGAGAUUUAUAAAUGUUACUUUAAAGGUCCAGUGUGAAAGAUUUAGUGCCAUCUAGUGGUAUAGUUGCAGAAUGCAACUCCCUCGCUUCACCCUCCCUUUCCAAGCACAGAGGAGAACCUGUGGACCUUUAGGAGUUUUUCAGUAAAGGUUGUCGGUGCAGCGUUUUGUGUUGUCUCUUCAUAUUAAUAUAUUAUAGUGAUACUGGCUUUUGUUUUCUGACCAAUGUUCGGGGGGGUCGGUACUCUGAGUUAGACGUACAGAUGGAGCUGCACCAUGAGCUCAACCGUUUUAGGCUCCACACACCAAACGUGUGACAUUCAGGGCCGGGAGCUCUGCAUUACUGAACAGAAUCAGCAGAUCUCCAAACUCAGGUAUCAGAACAGGAAGUGGAUCAGUGCCUCUCUUGGUGUCCCUGGAGGGUUUUACUGGUUGUAAUGGAUCAGUAAAUUCCACCCUGGUUGAUGAAACCGUCAGUUUAUAUCUCGCUCUGUAAGUUCUGUAA